AUGAAGUCUGUUAUUGCCCUCGCCUUCUUCUCCGCCGCCCUUGCCGCUCCUCAGUUCGAUGAAGCUCAGCUUUCUGCCUUCUUUGACUCGCUGAGCUCUCUUCUCGGAAAUGGGUUCCCCAGCUUGCCCACUGACACUCAGUCUAUGACUGACAUCCUUACCUUCUCGACCGCUAUCUCUGGUACCCCUACUGAGAUCACCACUGCUGUCGCUGCCACCACUGAUGCUUUUGACAAUGUCGAUGACUUUGGUUUCGAUAAGCGCCAGGCUCCUGGAGACCUUGAAGCCAUCAUUUCUUCUCUCAACGCUCUCAUCACCCCCGCUACCACUUCCGAUGGUGAUGGCUGUGUCACUGAUGUUGUCCCCAUCCCUACCACUAUCAAUGGUGUUCCUACCGAGGUUUCCAGCAUUGCUGCUGUUCCUACUGCCCCUGUUGCUGCCCCUGACGCCCCUGCUGCACCGGCUGCUGGCCCCGGUGAGGCUGGCGGUUUCUAG